AGGCAUCAUCCUUGUGACGAUCCAAUCGAUCCCGGAAUGGGCUACGCUUACUUUCGGAUGUAUGGCUACAACAGCACAAGUGGUCACUGUGAGCAGUUCAUCUACGGUGGUUGCGGUGGCAACGACAACAGGUUUGAGAGCCUGGAGGAGUGCAAAGACAAGUGCGAACAUCGUCGAAAGCGAUGCAUAAUAAUGUAA